GAGCGUAUUAUAUAUUAUCAAUUAAAAUCAUAUUGAAAUGGAUGUUUUUGAUAUUACUGAUGACAUUGCCAUUGAAGAAGAGGCCAUAAUAAACGAAUACAUAAAUCCAAGCAUAAAUCCAACAGGAAGAAAAGACAGAAAUGUAAGAUCAAGACCUGAACAUUUUACUCAGUGGAACGCAGUAGAAUUUCAUCGCCGAUUUAGGCUUUUGAAAGAAUCUGUGAGAAGUUUGCUAGACCUGAUUGAACAUAAAAUCAAGCAUAAAACAGAAAGAAAUCAGUGUGUUCCACCCAUGUUGCAAUUAUUAUUGACUCUGCGUUUUUAUGCCACUGGAAGCUUUUAUAUCACUGUUGGAGAUUUUGGAGGCAUUCAUAGCUCCACUUUAUGCUGCAUUAUAAAAAGAGUCACCGAAGCAAUAGCGUCACUAACGCCAACUUUAUUAAAGUUACCCCGUUGCAAUGAAGAAAUAAGGAAGUGUCAAGAAGAAUUCUAUAAAAUAGCCAGAUUUCCAAGAGUAAUUUCAGCCAUAGAUGGCACCCAUGUUAGGAUUCAAUCCCCCGGUGGCAACACAGCAGAGAAUUAUAGAAACAGAAAAGGAUUUUUUUCACUUAAUGUGCAAGCUAUGUGUUCAGCAGAUUUGAUGUUCCAAGAUGUGGUAGCACGUUGGCCUGGUUCCACGCAUGAUUGCAUGAUUUUUGCCAAUUCACGUGUCAAAUUUCAUUGUGAAAACCGUGCCUUUGGUAAUGGAAUUAUACUUGGAGACAGUGGUUACGAGCAAACCAAUUAUCUUUUGACUCCAUUUCUCAACCCUAGCACACCAGCUCAGAGUUUAUAUAAUGAGUCUCAAAUACGAACUAGAAAUACAAUUGAACGGUGCUUUGGAGUGUGGAAGAGACGUUUUCCAGUUUUAAGCAUUGGGUUAAGAUGUAAAUUACCAUUAGCCCAAGAUGUAAUUAUAGCUUGUGCUAUUUUACACAACUUGGCGAAAACUAAAAAUGAAGAGGAACCACCAGUGGAUCCAGAAGUUAUUGUUCCACCUCAACCAAUUUUUCCACCCUCAUUAGCUGACCCGGUUGGUGGAGAAAGGUACCACACCAGAAACUUAAUAUUAAGUUAUUUUAGUUCUUUAAUAGAGUAGGUAGUAGUAGUAAAAAUUAAAUAAACUUCAU